AUGGCUCAGCCUGCGCCCCUGAACCAGAAUCUCCCAGAUCUUGGGGGCCCGUUCUUGUACCGGGACCAGGACGAUGGGGAGAAGAGCUCGUAUUCAGUGGAAACCCCCUACGGCUUCCUCCUGGACCUGGAUUUCCUGAAAUACGUCGAUGACAUUGAAAGCGGCCAAACGCUCAAGAAAGUCCCGCUGCCUCGCAGGGUGAAAGGGGCCCGGCAGCCCCUCAGUGCCCUGCGCAGCCCCAGCAGCCAUACCAGUGCCUGGACCUCCACAGAGUCCCUCACCUCCACAGCCAGCGAGGAGGGCAGGACCGCGCUGCUGCUGUCCCCACAUGGCCGGGGACCCCUCGAGCCCCCGAGCAAGCCAACCUCCCACCCUGUACCGCCGCCGUUGCGGCUGCUCCCACCUCCCACCCGCAAGUGCCUUGUGCGAAACCUGCGGGUGGAGAAGACCUUGCUGGAGACAAGCAGGAGGCUGGAGGAGGAGCAGGGCCAUUUGCAGGAUAUUGGUGGUCUGUCCCGUGGUGGCCCACUGGGUGCCCCAAGUCAACCACACCCCUGGGUGCCGGUGGGCGCCGAGGUCCAAGCGGGCUGGGGACAGGCGAGCCCUGGUAGCUCGGGACGCAGCACGCCAGCGGCGGGGCUCAGUGCUGCCCCACUGCAGCUCGUGCGGGAGCAGAUGGCCGCAGCCCUGCGGCAGCUCCGAGACCUGGAGGAGCAGGUGAAAACCAUCCCCCUCCUGGAGACACAGAUCUGCAAGCUGAAGAGUGAGAAGGCGAAGCUGAUGGAGAAGCUGGCAGCAGAACCCACUGAGGCUUUCGGUCACUCCCCUGGCUCCGAAGCAGUGUCAGGGGGCGAGGAGCUGCCCCGAGCGGGGCUGGAGAGCGAAGCAGAACCGGCAAAGGGGCGAGUGAGCAAGAUUGUGGAGCUGAGGAAGCUGACAGAGAAGCUGGCGGUGGCGGAGCGGGGCAACAGGGCUUGGCUGGGGAUGAUGCACAGCGGCCAGGACCUGUCCCCAGCACGGGAUGGCGGAGCUGCCCCCGAGCCCUUGGCCGGAGCUUUGAAGUCCAUCAUGAAGAAGCGGGACGGUAUCCCCCGGAGCGAGGCCGAAGGCAGCAAGAAGAGCCUGCAGUUUGUGGGCGUGCUGAACGGGGAGUACGAGAGCACGUCCAGUGAGGAGGAAGAGGAGGAGGAAGACGAAGGAGACAGCUCCUCCGAGAAGGCUUCAGCCGACAGCUCUGACAGUGAGGAGCAGGGGGACACCGAAACCUCAGAUGAGGAGGCUGGGGAAGGUGAGAGCGAGCCAGGACGGGAGCACGAGGGGGCCAGCGUGACCGUCCCAGAGCACCCCGAGGUGAAGGAGAAGUUCGAGCUGAGCCCCAGGAUGCGGGAGGCCUGCCUCAUCGUCAAGACCCACCUGGGCCACCCCGGUGCCACCAAGAGCAAAGAGGUGCUCGCCAGCAGCAGCAUGGUCCUCCAGGAGUGGUUCCGUCUGUCCAGCCAGAAGUCGUCCAUCCCCGACACGGUUGCCAACCACCUCCUGGCCUUUGCCGAGGUCUCGCCAGCUCUCCUGACCCACGUGGUGAACCUGGCAGAUGGGAACGGCAACACGGCCCUGCACUACAGCGUCUCCCACUCCAACUUCCACAUCGUGCGGCUGCUGCUGGACACAGGGGUCUGUAAUGUGGACCACCAGAACAAAGCUGGCUACACAGCUCUCAUGCUGGCAGCGCUGGCGGCCGUCGAGCAGGAAGACGACAUGAACGUGGUCAGGAGGCUCUUCAGCAUGGGCAAUGUCAACGCCAAGGCCAGCCAGGCUGGCCAGACGGCACUGAUGCUGGCUGUCAGCCCCGGCCGGCAAGAGAUGGUGGAAGCCCUGCUCGCCUGCGGAGCCGAUGUGAAUCUGCAGGACGAGGAGGGCUCAACUGCACUGAUGUGCGCCUGUGAGCACGGCCGUGUGGAGACAGUGAAGCUGCUGCUGGCUCAGCCCACCUGCAACAUCUCCAUCGUGGACAGCGAUGGUAACAAUGCCGUUGCCAUCGCACUGGAAGCCGGUCACAGCAACAUCGCUGUGCUCCUCUACGCCCACCUCAACGGCACAAAGGCGCAGGUGCCCCAGGGGACAUCACCAGCAGCCACGAAGAGCCCUGGGAGCCCAAAGAAACCCAAUUAG